AAUCUAGUUGGUUCGUAUGCGCUGACAAAUUCAAAUUUGACGAAGUACAAAAUGUUGUGCAUACCCAAGAAAUUUCUAUAUAAGUUUCCUUUGAAGACAGGAGCAUUAGUAUUUGGAAUUAUUACAUUAUGCCUCCUGAUAAUCUGCGCCGUCACCAUGAUCAUCCAAAUCGUCUUCAUCAAGGACUGCCCCACCUAUGAGUCAUGCCAUCCCUUCGCUAUGCUCAACUGCUACGCUUAUAGCAUCACUGGCUUUAUUUACAUGCUCGUCAUGAUUGCUAUGAACUUAUGGUUCUUUCACGGCAUUAAAAAGAAGAAGCCAUCAGUGGUGCUAAGCUGGCUCAUAGUAUAUUCAAUGUGGCUGGUCCUAGCCUUCGUCAUACUGAUUAUCUUAAUAUGUCUGCAUGUGUCAGAAGUUAACAAAUUUGUCAACGCAAUUUGUGCUUUAGUGUUUGGACUCAUUGCUAUUGCUAUACUGGUGUACGGCGUAUUGGUGAUAGUUGGAUUCUGGAUGGAAUUGAAAACGACAAAACAUCGGCUAUCAACGACUGCAUAAAACGGGUUAAGGCUAGACCAUACCGGAUACAUAUGCGGCACGUCUUCGGCGCUGGCUGCGUAGUAUAGUCAGCAUAAAAAGUAACGUAUCAGAGACGGGUUAAAAGUAUCUACCAUACCAUUACCAAUAGUAUUAUACCAUUUUCUGAUAACCAGGGACCGUAUAACUUUUUUUUUUAAAUUACUUACAUUAUUUCUGUAUGUUUACAUGGAGUUUUUUUAUGACAGAAAUUGAAAUAACUAACCUACUACGAAUGUCACGAAGAAAAUAAAUACUUUUUACGUAAAAUACACUGUUAAAAAUAAAAUAUUAAUAUUUAACUUACUAUUUUAUAUUUAAUUUAGUGACGUAAGAUAUUGAUUAUUUCAACUAUCAAUAUCAGAAGUAUUAAUAUCAAUAUCUAAAUAGAUUGACAAAUGAUUAAUUAGGUAUUACGAAAAUACUACUGUAACACUAUGCAGCAAGCCAUGCAUGGAGGCAGAAGAGACAGCCGCCCACGUCAUUCUCGAAUGCCCAGGGGUGACAGACUAGCGGGCACAACACCUCGGUUCGUCGGGAUCUCUCUAUCCUCUACAGAGUCGUACUCACUCAGACUCUGGCAUACAACUCAACCGAUCCAACACGAAUCUGUCCUACUCAGAAAUUGGCCUCAAAAGAAAGUGACCUCCAUAUCAUAAGUCGCAUGUCGAUAUUGUUUUAUUCAGAAACACACAUAUGGCGAAUCUGACCUCCACAGAGUCGGGCCCACUCAGAUUCCGGCCCAAAACCAAACUGUCUCAAUACGAAUCUGCCCCGGCCCGCCCAAAGGCUAAUAGAAACCAAUACUUGUUAUUUAUAUUUUACGUAACAAAAGGUGUACAAUUUCAACGACUAAAUCUUAUCAAUUUUACAUUUUUGCUCUAAAAUCGAUACUGGGCUCUUAAUAAAGAAAUUCUCGAAAA